GAUGAUCAUCGCCUCGAGAGAAAAGAAACCAAAACCACUUCAUCACUUCAAUUUUCCCACCAAAAAUGGAGAUUGAAACAAAAGUAAUCUCCACAGAGACCAUCACACCAUCAAUUUUAACUCCAAAAUCUCUCGAAAAACACAACCUCUCAUUCCUAGAUCAACUAGCUCCACCCUUCUUCAUGCCCCUCGUCUACUUCUACUCAUCAAACCCCAAAAUCCCCAAUUCCCAAAAAUCAAACCACCUCAAACAAUCCCUGUCUAAAACCCUCUCCACCUUCUACCCCCUCGCCGGCCGCCUCGUCGGCAACCUCUACGUCCACUGCAACGACGCCGGCGCCCCCUUCUCGGUGGCCGAAGCCGACUGCGACCUCUCACACGUCAUCACCAAUCCAAACCCUAACCACAUGACCGAAUUUCUCCCUUUCACACUCAACCAAUCCCUAGAUCUCUGCAUGGCCGUUCAAGCCACCUUUUUCCGGUGCGGCGGCGUCGCCGUCGGCCUCUUGAUCUCCCACAAAAUCGCCGACGCCCUCUCCUUCUUCUCCUUCGCCAAUUCCUGGGCCGCCGCCGCUAGCGGCGGCGCCGCUCCGCCCCCGAAAUUCGACGCCGCCACCCACUUCCCGCCGCGGGACAUUUCCGGCUACAAGCCGACCUCCGGAAUGAUGAAGGAAGAGCUCGCCACCAAAAUUUUCACAUUUCCGGCGAAGAAAAUCGAGAUUCUCCGGGAACGGUACGGCGCCGCCGGAGAUGACUUGCCGCAGAGGCGGCCGACUCGGGUUGAAGCUCUGUCGGCUUUUAUAUGGACCCGGUUCAUAUCCGCAACCGGUCUAAAAGCCGAACCGGGUAAGAAGAUCUACACGGUUCAGCACGCGAUUAACCUUCGGACCCGGACCGACCCGCCCCUGCCCGAAUACCAUUUCGGGAACAUAAGCCGGCUAGCGAUAGCUAAGCCGGCGGUUGGGGGCAGCGGCGCGGAGCUGCUGAGGGGAGUCCGGGAAGCCAUAAAAGGCGUGGACGGCGGCUACGUGGCUCGGCUGAAGGAGGGUGGGGAACAUUUGGGUUUGUUGAGGGAGAAAAUGGCUCAAGUCGAUAAGGGCGAGCUGGUUAGCUUCAGCUUCACGAGUUUGUGUAGGUUUCCGGUUUAUGAGGCGGAUUUCGGGUGGGGAAAACCGGUCUGGGUUGGGUCGGCCGGGUUCGCUUACAAAAACUUGGUUACUUUUAUGGAUACAAGAAAUGGAGAUGGAAUCGAGGCGUGGGUUAAUUUGAGGAGAGAUGAUAUGGAGAAAUUCGAGGCUGAUUUGGAGCUGCAGAAGCUUCUUUUUAGUAGUACAUCAUAAAACUUCUUUCAUUUCACCUUUGUUUUGAUCUUGCAAAGUUUUGUCCCUAGCUAUAUGUUGUUUUGAAAAAAUUUAUUUGUUUGUUACAUAUGGUUUGUGUGUGAUGCAUAACAAUGUGAAUUACUCUUUUCAAA